AUGUCCGAGCCCGACUUGUCCAAGAUCGCCCGCGAUGCCGAGCGGGACCUGAACACGUAUCAGUCCAAGACCGGCUCCUCCAGGCGAGGACUGGAUGACUCUGGUGUCACUGACACGUCGGCUAACAAGAUGUUUUCCGGCUCGACUGUCAAGACGGGGGACGACUUUGUCACCAGCAAGAGCUACAACCGUCGCAUUCCGGGUGAUGAAGGAGGUGAUGUGGACGACAAGGGACACUGGGUGCAUGGCCGGGCGUAUGAGGGUGAAGGUGGUCCAGAAGACAAGACAGCUCACAUCUAUCAGCACAAUCCGGGCGGGAUUGACGAGGCAACAGUGAGGAAGUGGGGCAAGGAUCCGGUCGAGCUGGAAAGGGCUACACUCCGGAAGGACAGGCCUGAUUUGCUCCCUUCCGAGGAAGCACUCGGCGGGAGAGCUAACGAGCCGGCUCACCAGGGCGACGUUUCCGAACAAGGUAGACUGGCGUCCAAGGCCAAUUUGGGACGGGAUGAGGAGGACAAGAGAGAGCUGCCGAGCCAAGGGUCAGGUGGUUCCCGCUACAAGGCGGCCUACUAUGAGACACCCGAGAGUGUGCCCGAUCAAGGAGCUGAUAUGGGUGUGAUUCCGCCCAAGUCCUCAACGGGAAGAUCACGCAACAUCUAG